AUGACGACUGCUCGCUUGACUUUCUUGUACCCCCACCUCUUCAAGUCCAUUCGACUAAGCGAGUCUGCCGUGCUGCAGUCGACCAAGCACUCGCGUCGCAAAACUCUUGCUCAUCAAAGACCUCCCCGGUCCGCCGCAUUCUCCAGCUCUGUGAGGUCAAGGGACGCUGUUUUCAAGAGGCAUGGCAAAGCUGUUGAGCCUCAGCCUCUGACGGCAGAGGGGGUGAUAUUGCCUCAGCCAGAUAACGUCAGGACCAACCAAGCCGAGGCACAGAAACAGAAAGAUGCUGCUUCCUCGGGUCAAGUAGCUGCCGAAGCUGGUCUCAAGCCCGCCAGCGACCCUGACGCGGUCCAAGACCAAGCAGAAGCCGCAUCCAGCCAGGGAGAACCUAGCACCCCUUCACCGACACCACAGCAGAAGGCUGCUGAGGAGACAAUGCAGUCAAGCGGUCCCAUGGACGCCGUCCUCCACAUGCCACCACCAGGGGAGUCCUCGCACCCACAUAUCGCUAAACCACCAUACGUGCAUCAUUUCGAUACCUACACGCUUGUCAAGCAGCUCGAAGCUGGUGGUUAUUCCAAGGACCAGUCCAUCACUAUGAUGAAAGCGGUCAGGGGUAUUUUGGCACAAAAUCUCGACAUUGCUCAGGAUGGAUUGGUUAGUAAAAGUGACGUGGACAAUGAAACAUACCUUUUCCGUGCUGCCUGCUCCGAAUUGAGUUCCGAAGUGGUCAAUAAUCAGAGAAAGGCGGAUGAGGAGUCUCGACAGCAACGGACACUUCUGCAACACGAAGUCGAUAUUCUCAACCAAAAGCUCAGCCAGGAUCUCAUGACACUUCGCGAUGAUGUGAAAGGCAUGUUCAACGACCGAAAGAUGGCAGUAAGGGAGGAGCAGAGGCGAAUGGAGGGCGCGAUACAACAAGUCAACCUUGAUAUUAGUGUCAUUCUAACGAGCGAUGCCAAAUCCGACAUUGAAGGCCUGCGCUGGGUGUUGAUUCGCCGAUCCGUGCUAGGUAUCCUGUUUAUGGCUGUUAUGACAUUGGGAACAAUACGGUACGCCACAUAUAUAAACCACGAGAAGAAGAGGAUAGCAGAAGAGAAGGCUCGCGAGGCAGAACACAUGAGGAAGAGUAAUGGCCGCGAGGAUAUUGCUCCGUCGCACGAGGCGGCGGAGAUUCUAGCAGCAAAUUAG